GCGACAGUGCUCGUAGCUCGAGGCGGAAUUGGAAUCUUCACUGAGAUUGAAGCCAACCUUCAGCGUCUUGACUGGGACUCUCCCGAUUGGUUUCGCUUGCCAAGUUCCACGAGGCCGACACAAGGCCAGCACGACUACUGGAGAAUUUCGUCUCUUCAGCCGAGACGCGAGACAAAUGUCUUUGCGGUGAUGUGGGAAAAUGCUCGGCCUGGAGUGGUACUGAACACCCACGGUGGUACGUCGAGCUAUUGCCGAAACCUCCUGCUGGUUGACGAGUCAAUGAUCAACCAACCAUGUAGUACGUGGACGACUGACCCUGUGCUCCCGGAGUGCUCUCUACAGGUGAAACUGUCGAUCGGUCCCGGUCGUUUGCGAUCGCUGCCCUACCUUUGCAUGGGCGCUGUGGUGCGUGCGCACCGAGUGGAGACGAUGCGAAAGUCUCCAAAGUACUUGAACCUGUGGUACAGGAAAUACAGUUCCAUUGCCGUUUUCGACGAUCACGCUGAGCAGCAGGCCGUUCCAGCCGCAGCUCUCUGCACAUUGCGGGCAGUGGAUCAGGCGCAUGUGCCUACUGUCAGUGACAGUGAUCGUCUAGUCGUCUGGAAGCUGAGCCGGUGGAUUCGGGGACAUCUACAACGUGAAACCAUAUCAGCCUAUCUGAGGACCCUUGCUGAUGUUCCUACACAGUACGAUUCUGACGACCUGGUGGUUGAAGUUCUGGCAACUCACCCACCGCGAAAAGAAUUCCUCGCAACAGAUUGGUCUCCAGGUACCCGGCCAGUGCGCAUCAGAUGUGUGGAGCCUGACUUGGGGCCCAGCUACUCUUCGACGAACACCUCCGCAUGGCUCUUGGGCAACAUGCAGCCAGGUCAUUGGGUGAAGCUUCGGGACGUGCGCUCGGCUUGUGCUACUUCGCAUCCUUUGAGCAUCUCGACGCUCCCCUCGCGAAGUGGAGUCGCCAGGUCAGAACCCAGCCGCAUCCCUACGCAGCUGCGGCGGCACUUUAAAAGGGUGACCACAUUUGCACUUGCUGUUCUUUGA